UGCUCCGCGCCGGCUCGCGAGGGGGGCGGCCGCGGGUGGAGGUGCGCUCUGACAACCCGAAAGUCAUUUCCAACCCCAAGUGGACUUCGUUCCAACUGUUGGGGGCGUCGCUCCCCCUCUUGAUGGUCGCGGGCAAACUUCCUCCUCGGCGCCGCUUCUAAUGGAGCCCCACCUGCUCGGGCUGCUCCUCGGCCUCCUGCUCGGUGGCACCGGGGUCCUCGCCGGCUACCCAAUUUGGUGGUCCCUGGCCCUGGGCCAGCAGUAUACAUCUCUGGGCUCACAGCCCCUGCUCUGUGGCUCCAUCCCAGGCCUGGUCCCCAAGCAGCUGCGCUUCUGCCGCAAUUAUAUCGAGAUAAUGCCCAGCGUGGCUGAGGGCGUGAAGCUGGGUAUCCAAGAGUGCCAGCACCAGUUCCGGGGCCGCCGCUGGAAUUGCACCACUAUAGACGACAGCCUGGCCAUCUUUGGGCCUGUGCUCGACAAAGCCACACGCGAGUCGGCCUUCGUGCAUGCCAUUGCUUCUGCUGGCGUGGCCUUCGCGGUCACACGUUCCUGCGCUGAGGGCACCUCCACCAUCUGUGGCUGUGAUUCACACCAUAAGGGACCACCUGGUGAAGGCUGGAAGUGGGGCGGCUGCAGCGAGGAUGCCGACUUCGGGGUGCUCGUGUCCCGGGAGUUCGCUGAUGCCCGAGAGAAUCGGCCGGAUGCCCGCUCAGCCAUGAACAAACACAACAACGAGGCAGGACGCACGACCAUCCUGGACCACAUGCAUCUCAAGUGCAAGUGCCACGGGCUGUCGGGGAGCUGUGAGGUGAAGACCUGCUGGUGGGCCCAGCCUGACUUCCGCGCCAUUGGGGACUUCCUCAAAGACAAGUAUGACAGUGCCUCGGAGAUGGUGGUAGAGAAGCACCGUGAGUCCCGUGGCUGGGUAGAGACCCUGCGAGCCAAGUACGCGCUCUUCAAGCCACCCACCGAGAGGGACUUGGUGUACUAUGAAAACUCCCCCAACUUCUGUGAGCCCAACCCGGAGACAGGCUCCUUUGGCACCAGGGACAGGACUUGCAAUGUCACCUCCCAUGGCAUCGACGGCUGUGAUUUGCUGUGCUGUGGCCGUGGCCACAACACGAGGACGGAGAAGCGGAAGGAGAAGUGCCACUGCAUCUUCCACUGGUGCUGCUAUGUCAGCUGCCAGGAGUGCAUCCGCAUCUAUGACGUGCAUACCUGCAAAUAGGGCACCAGGACACUGGGAAGGGGUAAAGUGUGCGGCUGGGCAGAGUCAACGAAGUCCCAUGGGAAGCAGGACCUAGAGCCAAGCCAGCUGCCAGCGUCUGCCAGCAAGGAGCAUAGACUGUUGCCAGCUGCACGUGGUAAAUGACCUGGACCCAGCCGGCCUGCGGCAGGAGGCUCCUCCUUCUCUCCUCUUACGUUUCUCACCCUGCUCUUGUUGGUGUGUGGCUUUUAUAGAGAGGCUUUCUUUUUAGUUCUCCAGGGUCUGGCAGCAACAGACCCAAGGCUUACCUUUGCACAUAUUAAAUAAAAAAAAAAAAAAAAAAUCUGCUCCAACAGAACAGGCUGGGCUAAUAUGAGCUCUGGGCCCGGUAAACACACGAGAAUGGGCAAAAUUCUGUUCCAAGCUGCUUCUCCUGGUGACGUUCCAGGAUGCCUAUGAGGCAGGAGUCAGGAAGUAGGACAAAUCCCUGCAGUCUCCUUUUGUUAGUCUACUCCCAUUCAAAUCAGAUACACUUUCUAUUUUGAUAAAAGCCAUAGGUGUAGUGGGGAUGAAGUGUUGGGGAGGUCCCCAGCCAGCAUUCAAGAUUUCAGUUUUGAAGAACGAGUUCUGGGUGGCUAUUUAAAGAGCAACUGGGUUCUCCGUCUCAUUUUCUCUGUAAACUUGUUCUGCAGAGAGGCAGUCAGAUGUCCCAAUCUCAUCUCAUCUACUCUUCUGCAGUAAUUUUCCUGAAGUGGACGUUGUAUAUAGAUAGGUCAUGUAUGGGGCAAGUGUGCAGCUCACAUGGCUUUGUACGGAAACCAGCAGGGUCUUGGGAGGAGCAUUCCACCUUCCCAGGCCUGCUCACUUGCAGAUUCUCCACAGAAGGAGCCCCAGGAGAGCAGCUGGACUCUAGGUCGCCUUAGUAUAAAUUAGAUGAAGCAGGAGCAGCGCUCUACACUGCAGUUCCAACUCUGUGACUAGUGGAUGGAAGAGUGAAGCGAC